AUGGCGGCGGAGAUCCCAGCGUUGCUAUCUAUGACCCAGCAGCAAGAGCAGGACCCGCUUUUUGUUGAGCCCCGGUACCAACAACAAUGGGGCUGGCGUGAUGGUCAACGGCCGAAACUUUCUCCGAACGAGGAAAAGGAGUUUAUACGCACAUAUGCCUGGCCAAAAGAGACAGAGCUGGCGCUCCAAUGCCUGUUCAAAGGAGACUAUGACGUGCCUCGCGCCGUCGAGCUGAUCCACGCCGCUCGUCGGCAGACGUUGCGACUAAACGAGGAAGAGACAGAGCGGGUCCAUAAAAUCACCUUCGAGAGAGCGAUGGAUCGACACGGCAAAAAGUUUCAUCUCGUCAAGCGGAGGAUCGGGAAAGACGUGACGACGGGCGAGGUGGUGAGUAAAUUUUACAUGUGGAAAGUCACUCCCGAGUACGAAAAGUGGCACGACGGGCAGCGAGAGAAGAAAAGAAAGAGGGAAGCGAAACGACUGGAACAACUUCAAGUGGCCACAGACCAGCACCGAGAGUAUUGCGAAGUCUGCCUAAAGGAUGGCAAGCUGUUGUGCUGCGAUGGCUGUGAGCGAGCUUGCCAUCUUAAUUGUGUACGGCCUGCCCUCUUGGACGUUCCCGAGGGCGAUUGGUUCUGCUCGCACUGUCGAGAUGCGGCAAAAAAGACAUCACCAUCGAUGAAGCGCAUUGCAUCGAACGCACUGGGUGUGAACACAUCCACGCGCACUUCAACAAUGAGAUCAAAGAAAGAUCGCACCAGGUCAAAGGAUGGCAGUAAUUUGCCAUUUGCCCGCCCCGUUCGUGGGUUUGGAAAGAAGAUGAAAGGAGACGAAUCGACGAUGGCGAAACACGCUUUGAAAACCAGACCGACGACAAACAGAAGAAAAAAGCCUGAUGGCAAAAUCGAUACCAAAGAUUUGGAUGGGAUCAGUGACAUAACGACCGAGUCCGAAUCCGACGGCGGUGCAGCCAACGUCUUUCAGUCCCUCUCGUCGAACUGUGCAGUCACAGCGCCACUUAAGAAGAGAAAGCACAAGUCCUCGGCGAUUCAAACGGUUGCAAAUCGACCUCGCGGCAAGACGCAAUCGUCAGGCUCUCUAGAUGUGUGGAGUUGCUCAGUCGAACCUGUUUGUGAAAAACGCUUGAUUUUGCCAAAGCAGAAGCACACGAAAGCUGAACCAGUUGUUAGUCGGUAUCGGCACAUUUUGCCGGUACUGUCACUCGAGUAUUGCAGCAACCCGGUGACAUCAGUCUUGAGAGACAGUGUUUCUCUACAGCUUGAGACUACAUCCGCCAGUCGGAAACGCAAGCGUCGGUACGAUGUUUCGCCCAGCACCUUGCAAUUACAAACAAAAGGAUGA